UUCUUCGAUUUCUAAUGGUAAUCAACCCUAUUGGCCAUAAGGAUCUUGGACAUUCUAUAUUUUCAUUUAUUAUUACAACUUGCCCUAUUUUUGGAAAUUUUCCUACCCCCUUUUUAUUAUUCUCAUAUUUUUCUCUUAGUGACGUUAAGUAUGUCUCUUUCCAAUUCUUCCAAAAAAUAUGCGUUUUAAAAAUUGAUUUUUUAUAUGUGGCCAAUAAUCUAUCUCUAUUUUUCGUUGUAGGUGUAGGUACGAAAAAUUCCUCGUCUUUAUUUACCUCUUCUAUAUCUUUCGUAGAAAUUUGAAUUUCAUAUGGUUUGUCGCUACUCGGGUUUAUAAUAUCUAUAGGUCUUAACGGUUCUACUAUUUCUGAUGAAGACAAAUAUGUUAGUGGGCGUUCAUUAAUUAUUCUUUCUAUUUCUAUUAAUAAGGUUGUUAAUUCUUCAAACGUACAUAUAUUUUUUCCAACUACUCUUUUUAAAUGAAACUUAAUAGAUUGAAUUAAUCUCUCAAAACUUCCUC